CCCAGAGUGUCAUUCGCGGAGCAGCACUUGGCGUGCAGAGAGCAGCACAAACCCACUGCAUCUGCCAUUUGGAUGCAAUGAAAUCAAAGAAAUCCGCCUUCGCCAACACAUCCACCGGAUACGGCAGGCACAAGCACAGCGGAAAGGGUCACUCCCACGGACAAGGACACUCCUCCAACAAGGAUAAAGCUGAGACCAAGACCAAACAACGCGAUCAAAAGGAUCAAAAUGAGCAGAAGGAGGAGGACAAGGACUUAAAUUCCGGUUUCGGUGACUAUCUUCGCACGCCGGAGGCAUUUGAGAUGAUGAAACUGUUCGUCUUUGCCAAUACCAUAAUGCUAAUUGUGACAAUGGCCUGGCCGCAUAUCAAGGAGCAGUUCUACAUGAUUAAUCAGUGGCUAGAAAGUUUUCGUGAGGCACAGCAGCAGUAAAAACUG